GAAAUAGAUUUUUGUUUUGCAACAUUUGUGCAUCGCGUUCGACAUCUUUUAUCGAAGAGACACCAAGAAAUAAUUUUAUCAGUUAUUAUCGCAGGCGUUACAUCGUAUUUGUAUCAAUGUCCACGAUGUCCGCAUCGUCGUCCAUGGACGAGCGUAUGCUGAAGGGCAUACGGAAGGUGGUGCCGAGUUUGAUCAGUAGCAAGCACAAGGGUCAGGACGGCAGAAUCGGGAUCUUCGGCGGCAGCGCCGAGUACACGGGGGCGCCGUACUUCGCGGCUAUGAGUGCGCUGAGGACCGGCGCCGAUCUCGUCCACGUGUUUUGCGCGCGGGACGCCAGCGUUCCCAUUAAAUCGUUCAGCCCGGAGCCGAUAGUUCACCCGGUCCUGGACCAGCAGGACGCGAUAAAGCAGAUAAAGCCGUGGCUCGAUCGGCUGCACGUGAUCCUGAUCGGGCCCGGGCUCGGCAGGGACGAGAGGGUGUUCAAAACGAUCGUCGAACUGAUAGCGAUCUGCCGGGAGGCGAGGAAGCCGCUGGUCAUCGACGCGGACGGUCUGUCCCUGGUCUGCCAGAAGCCGGAGAUCGUCAAGGACUACCCCGGCGUCAUCCUGACGCCCAACGCGAUGGAGUUCAGCCGUUUGGUCAAGACGGUGCUGGACAGGUCCGUCGCGCCCGCCCCGAUGGUCAAAGUCUCCGACGUGAAGCACGUGGCGGAGACUCUCGGGAGGAACGUGAUAAUACUGCACAAGGGAGCGAAGGACGUGAUCGUGGACGGUCACAAGGGCACCGAGACCGUGUCGUGCGGAUUAGCCGGUUCCGGAAGGAGAUGCGGCGGCCAGGGGGACCUCCUGUCCGGCGCACUGGCGGUGUUCUGGUGGUGGGCCAUCUCCGCGGGGACCAGCGAGUGCGCCCUGUCGCCGUCGAUAGUGGCGUGUUACGCCGCGUCGAGAUUGAUCCGGGAAUCGAACGCGUUGGCCUUCAAAGUAAAGCAAAGGGGAAUGCUGGCGUCGGACAUGCUGGAACAGAUACAGCCGGUUUUCAGCAAGAUCUUUGAAACCCAUUGCGACAAAACUUCCUCGUUUAUUGGAAGAGGUCGAACUCGAAGCACUGAUUCCUGAAGCGUGUACAUUUAUAUACAAUUUACAAAAAUUUCUUGAACGAUAAAUUACAUAAAUUGGAGCGAACGCAUUUAAAAAGUUGGUCUCUCAGAAAAACAAAUUCUGGAAAAUAUACACUGAUAUAUAUAAGUGUUUUGUAAUUUACAAUUUUUAUAUAGUUUUGUUAAUAGUUUGAAAAUUUAUAUAAAUAAAUAUAUUUUUAUAAAAUUAUAUACUUUAUAUUAUAUUUAUUGAUACUACAUUCUUAAUGUAGACAUGUAUGUUCAUAAGCUCCUCGAUAUUGAAAGCGCUAAUCUUGCUCUAUUACUUCUAUUACACGUGUAUUCUAUUAUAAAGUGCUUAUUUGUAAGAUUUGCAUGGUGAGAAUAAUCAGAGCCAGAGCUUACUCUUGCCAGUCUUUAUAUAUACAUAUUGUUUAUUGUAUCUUGUUUAAAACAAAAAUCAACAUCCCUAAACUAAAUAUAAUACAUUAACUUAUACGUGAAUGCUUUGAUGGAUUUUUUUGAAAGUACUAUAAUGCUCAGAUAUUCGAAGUUUCUGUUAGGUAGUUCUUAAGAUACUUUACAGGCACAAUACAGUUGCAUUGUAGAUACAACAA